AUGUGCAAGGCGAAAGAAGGGAUGAAGAGGCCUCAAGUAAGAGACGAGGUUCGGGGGAGGACUGCGCGAGGACGGAGCCCAGCGCGAGUCCGGGGUCACGGGGCGUCUAAUAAACGCGGCGAGGAGAUUGGGUGGCGGGGGGACCGGACCUCACAGAGACGUCGGAUCCCAACCUCAUCACGGUCGCUUGGCCCAUGCGCAGGCACGGCAAGCUAA